UGGAGAGGAAAGUGCCCAGCAGGCAGAAUCGUGACGAUCUUGUCAGGAAGGGCCUGGCAGAGGCUGGCAUGGAGUCUGGCCUGGCGUGUGGCGUGAGUCCAGACGAGGCAGGAGCCCCAGCGCUGGACGAGUCUGACGGAGAGGAGCGCGAGGACGAGCCCAUGGCUCCGCUGGCCAGCAACACCGAGGAUCUCGGGUCUGAUGAGGACAAUCUGUCUGCAGCGCGAGACGCCACAGAGAUGAUAGACACAGAAGGGGAACUUGAACAAAGUGAGGAUGAGGAGCAGUCCUGUGUUAAUGCCUCAAACAGAGGGGCCAGUGUGGGGCCCCCUGAGGCCCCUGAGUGCCAUGAGCAGAAAAAAGAAAAGGCGCCACUCAGAGAAGUCCACACUCCUCCAGCCAAACCUCCUGUGAAGCUACUUACUAGACUGGGCAGCCUCGACAGUACCCACUCUAAUCAGAGCAGGCCCGCUCCUGCCACGCUGCCCAGGAACUUCACCCUGCCCAAAGAUGCCCUGCGGGGCAGGAUCUCCACCCCCACCGGCUCCCCUCACUUAGGUCUGAUGCCCCCUAGCUGCAUCAUCGAGGAACUGCACCGUGCGCUGGCCGCCAAACACCGGCAGGACAGUUUCCAUGGUAAGGAGAUCCGUAGCUCACCCAGACGGCGCUCAGAUGGACGGCUGUCCCGCACCGCCAGCACUGAGAAUGAGCCGAGCGAAGAGGUGCAGAACAAACAAGAGGCCGAAGAGAACAAGGAGAACAUGCGUCUGGAUGAAUACUACAGCGACCAGGACAGCUGGAACGAGUCCGUCAUCUCUGGUACACUUCCACGACGAAUAAGAAAAGAGCUUCUGGCAGUAAAGCUGCGUAACAGACCCAGCAAACAGGAGCUGGAGGACAGGAACAUCUUCCCUGUGCGCAGUGAUCAGGAACGCCAGGAGAUCCGCCAGCAGAUUGAAACGAAGCUUGCCAAGAGACUGAGUCAGAGACCAGCAGUGGAGGAGCUGGAGAGCCGGAACAUCCUCAAACGUGAGUAUCGCACCUGUCAGCGCCUGGGAUGCUGGAGGUAGACUUUUCUUCCUCUAGCUGGAAAUCAUGUUUAUUACCUGCCUGUUGACAAAUAGCAUCACCAUUUUGCUUAAAAUUCAUACUACUGUGUUUUAAAAAUAAAGUAUGUUUUUAUUCACUGAAAUAAAAAUGGCCAGGCAACUUAAUGCACUAACUUGGUUAUAUUCCCAAAGCUGUUAUUUCGUGUGACUAAAUCAUCUUGACCUGAUUAGGA